CAUUCCCUCUUUGCUUUAUACCUCUGCACAAACCUCAUGGAGUAGCGCCAACCCUUUUUUUCUUUUUCUCACCUUCCUAUUUUUUUCUUCUCUUUGGACCAACAAACCUUAAUAACUUGCCAGUCAUGAAAUACAACAUUCAUGCCGUCUUGCUAUGGAUUCUCAGCUUCCUCCUGUUGUCGCAGCUGAUCACAGCCCAAACCGCAGCGCCUUCUCCGCCGCAAGCCAACGGCUCAAGCUCGUCGAAAUUCGACAUCAAGAUGGCGGUGGUGAUGGUGGUUCUCGUACUUGUAUUCUUCAUCUUGGGCUUCCUCUCCGUCUACACCCGUCAGUGCGCCCAGACCCGCCUCCACGGGCGCAUGGUUCGAAACGGUUCCCGCAUGGCGCGUGGCCUUGACCCCGCCGUCAUCGAAACCUUCCCCGCCUUCAUAUACUCCGAUGUCAAGGCGCUCAAGCUCGGGCAGGACGCUCUUGAAUGUGCCGUAUGUUUACAGGAGUUUCAAGACCAUGAAACGCUGCGUUUGAUCCCCAAGUGCGAUCACGUAUUCCACCCUGAUUGUAUUGACACGUGGCUGCUCUCUCACUCGACUUGCCCGGUUUGCCGGACUUACCUGGUUCCUAAACCCGGAGAAGAGCCAUACACUUGGGUUGAUCCGACUGAAGAGGAUAUCGAGUCGGGUCAACCUGAGACUGGGCCGUGUACGGCAGAAGCACCCUCACCUCCACUACCGUCGCAUAUGCCACCCCGCCAAGUGUCAGUUCGGAUGGUAGAAGAUCAAAUCAAAGAGGAGGAAUCUCCAUCUCCAGCACCUCCAGUGUUUAUCAAUUUGGUGAAUGGAAGUGAGGCAACCAAUCAAAGAGGCCCACCUCGGUCUAGGUCAACGGGUUUUGGACCGCCUCGGUCGAGAUCAACGGGGAUGCGGUUCACCGGGAUAUUAUUUCCACGAUCACAUUCGACCGGACACUCGCUGGUUCAACCGGGUGAGAACGUCGAAAAGUUUACACUAAGAUUACCGGACGAGGUACGGGCUCAACUUGUGAAUUCAGCCUUGAUUCGUAGCAGGAGUACCAACGUGGCAUUCCCAAGGGCCGGCAGUGUGAGAAAAGGUUUAAGAAGUGAGAGUGGGCGUGGAAAAAUCCCCGGUUUGUAUGAACGGUCUGACCCAAGUUCGCGUUCGAACCGGUCGGGGCGAUCGAGCCGCUGGGCUUUCUCAUUGUUGCCGCCUUUUAUGUCUCGGAACGGGUCCGUUAGGAACCAAGUUGGUGAUAACGACGCUGCAACUGUGUCGGCAGCCGGGCCAUCCGAAUUGAAUAGAGCACCGUUGGACAAUAAUGGUGGCGAUCAACGAUCAACUGAUGCCUUGCGGCCGAAGGAUCGUGUUUAAACAAGGAAUACGUUUAGGUAGUUUGAGUAAAUUGAAAUUUUGUACAUUUUUUUUUUUAAAUAUAGUUCAUUUUCUUUGUUUUUAUUCAUUUCAAAUUAAAUUGUGAGAGGGAAUACAUGUAAGAUGAUGUGGUACCUACUAGUUUCAAAAUUUUGAAUAUGAAAUUUUGAUUUGUUGUGACAAAAAAAAUUGAA